UUCCUAAUUCGAUUCAGAUCCAAGAUCUUUCUCUCUCCUCUCUCUCUCUCUCUCUCUCUCUGAUUGCCUAAUUUACUUAAUUAUAAAACUCAAAUCACUUUUGUCUAUUCUCGUCAGUUUACCUUCACCAACCUUAGAAUUAACUUUAGUUGAUCCACCAACAGCAAUUGACCCACAUCGAUCUCGAAGCGAAACCUAAUUACACUCGAAAUCAAUUUCCUCUGGAGACCAUUGGAGCAACUUUUAAAACUUACGAAUCUCAUUUGGAAAAAGUCUACAUUGGAGCGACAUCUUUGGCAUCACGAUAUUGAUUUUGUUUUCUUGAUUUGAAUUCUCAAUCAAAGUGUUAACACACUUGAUCAACCAUUCGUCAGGAGGGUAUUUCGAUAACAUCCCGCCUUCCUCCAAAACCUCCCAGUCGACAAUCUUCAAGGGAGUAUUCAUCGUCCACCAUUUACCAGGAGGAAAGGUUUCUAGAGGAAAGUGCUCACCACCGGGGUAAUAAUAAGCCAUCAUCUUUUGGACCAUCAUCUUCAUCUUCAUCUUUACCUUCAUCGAUCGAUUCAGCCCAUUGGAGUGAAGUUAAUCAAUACGUUCAGCCAAUAAUCUAUAACAAUAAUCCACAAGGAUCUACAGUUAGUUACAAUCAACCUCAACCACAACCACAGUAUCAACAAAAUCGAGUAAUUUCUCAAGUUAAUUUUGUUCCACAACAAUCAAAAAGUAAACCUUUAAUUGGUGAAUCUCAACCUGUUAGACGUCAAGUUUCAUUUGAAUUAGAACUUGAAAAUAAUUCUAAUCAAUCUUCACAUAAACCUAAACCUAAACAAUUAACUAAUUCUAAAAUGAUGCAACAAGAAAGUUACCAACAACCUCAAAUGGUUGAUGAAGAUCAAUUCCGUCAACAAAUGGAUCAACAAUACUAUCAACAACAAUACGAACAACAAGUUCUGCAAGAGCAUUAUAGACAGCAAGAGGAGCGGAGACUCCAGGAAAUGCAACAGCAGCAACAACAACAACAACCAAUGUAUGAACAAUUUUAUGAUUCAAACAAUUACGAUCAAGUUAAUAGUCGAUCCGGAACAACCAAACCAUUGAUACUUCAUGUAGGAGGUUUGGUUCAAUUUCCAAGUAAAGAUCCAAAUCCAAACGCACCGAAACCCCUUGAAGCGACUCAUAUUGGUGAAGAAAUUCAAGCUUGUGAUUUUGUUCGACCCACUGUCCUUCAAUUUCCUCGUAAAAUUCGUGAUCCAAAUGCGCAUUUAACCGAAGGAUCACAUUUAGGUGAAGAGGAACAUCGUCCACUCCUUCGUCAAGGUGGAGUGGUUCAAUUCCCAAAAGAGUUCAAACAGCCCCUGGACCUUAAAGGCUACCACCCGGUCGAUCGGGUUGUCAAGGAAACUCUACCACAGGCUGAGGUGGAACACCCUGAUCACUUAUUACCCUCUCAGGCAAGAAAACAACAAACUUACAUCACCCACCCGGUGCACUCGGUAACUCGAGUUAAACCUUCUUUCGACAAUGAGCCUGGUUCCCGUCGCUCCAAUGUCCAAUGGCCUCCUCAACGAUCAUCAGUACGACAAUUACCAAGAGUUGGUUUCAACUCUGGUCACAUUCAUCCCGAAGGUUCUAAGCAUUUUGUUUGGCCUCCUCCAAGAGCUUCGUUUCAUCGAAGUAUGCAAGAUCUCCCACCCCCAGGAUCAGGUCCAGCCUCGAAUGCUUGGCAUCCCUCUGAACUAUCUAACGGAGAUUCAGGUUAUCCUGGAUACCGAGCGAUCACCGUUGGACGGAUGAAGCCCGUUUGGCCUCCUCCAGAUCGAGGACAACUCAAGAAACAAUCAUCUCUUCCUGAAACAAAGAAGAAACUUCUUGAAUUCGAGGAAUACAUGAGACAUCAUGCUGGAAUUCAUGUACCACCCACUUAUCAUGCUCCACCAGGUACACAGUACUAUGAAACUGCAUAUGAAUUAGUGCAGGGAUGAAGGCAACGAUCAAAAAAUAUCUAAAAUUAUCUUUCGAACGAUUAAUCUAAUCUGUAUAAUAUAUAUUUCUUUAAAUAUAUAAAGAUAAAUAUAUACAUCGACACUAACUCAUAUCAACGAAACUCUCAUCACUACCCAAACAAUCAAAAAUUGAGCGAAUCUAACUAAAAACUUAUAGUUGGUCAAAUGUAACGAAAUUUUCAGCACUCAAACUUAAUUUAUAUUAAAUAAAAUCUAAAUUUGAUCAAUGUAAAA